AUGACUGUUCCUGAGAAGGCCUUCCACUCUAUUUUUGUGCAACAGCUGCUGCUGAGCAGCCAUUUGAUUGCAACCAAAGGAUAUGUUCAAGUCCCCACUCUUGACACUUCAUCUUUGGCAAAGCAUGGUAUUGUUGGUGCUCUUGGACUUUGUGCUGCUUCAGUAACAUUUAUCAAAUCUGGUGACAUCAAGCUCAAGUCCCCUGUCAAUGUCAAAGAUGGUAUUGCCAAAGUGGCAAUGAGGUUUGUGUGGACCCCCAUCAAAUACAACAUGGCUUUGGGCAAGGAUAGCAAGACUGCAUGCAUGUUUUCAGACCAGAAUUGGGGAGCCCCAAUGAGGAAGUUUAUGGGGGCUGCCAAGAGAAGAUUUAUUGCUCAGCUUCAAGUCAUUGUAGAGCUCGCCCUUGCUUUGCUUGUGAUAGGGCAAGAACUCAACCCCAAGCUGUCGAGUGAUGCAGGAUCUGACAACAAGUAUGCACUUAUCUCAUGUGCUUAG